CUCCUACGCUUUUGCUGGGUCGCGCCAUGGCAUGCGAGCCGCCGCCGCCGCCGCUGCCGAAGAAGCAGAAAUCCCCAGCGGCCGCGCCGACCACCAUAUGCGCCCUCGGCGACGACCUGCUGCGGGAGAUAUUCCUCCGCCUGCCCUCCCUCCCCACCCUCGUCCGCGCCGCCCUCACCUGCCGCGCCUCUCUCCGCGCCGUCCGCUCAUCCCCCGCCUUCCGCCGCCGCUUCCGCGAGCUCCACUCGGCCCCACUCCUCGGCGUAUUCCUCGACGUCUUCGAGUCCGACACUCCCGCUUUCCGCCCGCUCCGCCUGCAUUCUGACCCGGACCUUGCCGCGGCCGUCCGCGGCGGCGAUUUCCACCUCACCCGACUCCCCGACGAGAUCGAGGGCGUCGCCCCCGAGUGGUUAAUCCAGGACUGCCACGACGGGCGCGUCGUCCUCGCCAGCUACAAAACCGGGCACAUGGCCGUCUACGACCCCCUCACACGAGCCCUGGAUCUCUUCCCCAGGCCGCCCGGCGAGAUCUGCGAAGACAUGUACGUCGAGUACCACGUCCUCCCCUCCGACGAAGAACGCGGCCCGUUCCGCGUCAUCUGCGUCUGCCACGAAGCUUGCGGUGCGCAAGCCGCCGUCCUCUCAUCAGAGACCGGGGAGUGGCAGGUCUUCCCGUUUGUGGAGGCCGCAGCCAUGCAGCCUGGGGACGACAACGAGAAGUGUUCUGGCAACGGGACGCUGGUGAACGGGUCCAUCUAUUGGACAGACGGGAGCCGAGCCCUUGCGCGCGUGCUGAACACCUCGACAUUGCACUUCUCUCGCAUCGACCUGCCUCCGCACAUCGAAGGGCAAGGAGCGCUCACGGCUGGUGAGACCAAGGAUGGGAGGCUCUGCAUCAUCAGCACCGUCAAGCUCACACUUGUGGUUUGGUUCCAGAGAACCGAUGAUGAUGGUGUCGAGAGAUGGACGCAGCACAAGACAUUUCCGUUAGAGCAGGACAUUCAUGCGCACGAUCACUGCUUCGACCAUGAUCACAUUGCGCUGAAGAUUCUGGCGAUUGUCAAUGGCUUUGUGUACUUGUCUACUUACUGUGAGCCGGAUCGCGAUUUGCCUGGUUUGUUCCUGUCCUUCUGCCUAGAAACAGCAAAGCUGAAUAAGCUCUGCACUAUCCUUUACCCUAACAGUUUGUAUCCCUACAUCAUGGCGUGGCCUCCUUCUUUGGUGCUCAACGAGUAUUUCCUGAAGGCCCAAUUCCACUAUACCAAGAACCAGUAUGCUAAUUUGUUGCUUAUUAUUGGCAUUACAGGAAGUUUCUCACAGCUGACCAUGAUGCCUUUCUUAGCGCCGAAGCUGGGUGAGCAGAAGCUACUUGUCGUGGCACUUACAGGGAGCUGCGUGCAUGGAUUCCUAUACAGCAUUGCAUGGUCAUUCUGGGUCCCUUAUCUUGCUGCAAGCUGUGUGAUUCUAAGCAUUUUGGUCGGCCCUUGUAUAAGGAGCAUUGUAUCAAAAAAAGUAGGGCCUUCUGAGCAGGGAAUGGUUCAAGGCUGUAUUACAGGAAUCAGCUCAACUGCAAGUGUCAUAUCUCCUCUAGUUUUUACUCCGCUCACAGCAUGGUUCCUAUCAGAGACCACACCUUUCAACUUCAAAGGUUUCAGCCUGGCUUGUGCUGGAUUUGCUACGUUGGUGGCACUCAUAAUGAGCAUUAAUAUGAGGCCAGCAGAGGUUCAGCCAGAUACCAGAUAGAAGAACUACUGAAUACAUGUCGAUGUACAUAUGGUAGAUGCCUAUAAUGCUAAUACUCUUACUCAGUAUCAAUAGCCGUGGUCAAUUAAGGUAGCUGUUCCAUCCUCUGCAGUAGGGACAGCAAAUAGCAGUGUAAAGUAUCAAAAGUAGAAGCAGAUCCACAGGCUUCAGUUUGUAAAUUGUAUUCGAUAAUUGACACUACAAGUACAAGGUCAAUUAAAAUUAGCUGUUCCAUCCUGUGCAGUUGACAAUAGGGCAGCAAAUAGUGGUGUAAAGUAUCGAAAGUAGAAGCAGAUCCACAGGCUUCAGUUUGUAAAUUGUACUCAAUAACUGACACUACAGGUACAAGGUUGAUUCGACAUAGCUAAUUAGUUGCGAGUGUAAGGCUGGAGUAAACCAAGUAUGCAUAGUUAGCACAAUCGUUGUGCAAGAAACA